AUGCCAACCGGCACCCAGAACGUUUCGUCUACGCUGCCCAUCAUCGGACCUGGCAAGAACCAAAAAGCUCGUCAGGCUACAUUCAUCCGAUCAGCACAGAUGGGUCUUUUUGCACGGUUGACUUGCUACCCGCCGUUGAGUCAGGUCACCAACUGGCGGAGGCGGCAAGCAGGUGAUUCGGGCACUCAUGAUUCAGUCAAUUUCACCGUGGUCAUUGAAUCCAGUACUUCGCUUCCGACCCAGGCGUGGGAAGCUCAGAUCUGGCAUAACAUCACCAAUAAUGAAUGGUCUGCCCUUCAACUUCAAGCGUCUAAGUCAUCUGUUGCUCCACUACUGAAUGGGAUUGAAGACGAGUACAAAUACCAUCGCUAUGUAUUCUGUGGGGAAAUUUGUCUACCCCCAACCGCCCUGCAUGCAAAAUUUACCGCGCGCUUCCGGACAAGUCCUGAUGUCGAAUGGCUUUGGGUCAAUCAGCAGCAGCAGAACGUCACUGACGGAGAACUCGUGGUAGCUGCCAAGACAAUGCAGUCGCAGUAUUCCCUCCAGGAGUCGGAAGUGGCAAGAGAUGAGCUGUCCAAGUUGAUUGACAAUUUGUCUUCUGAACUCAAGGUUGAAUCGAGAAAGUCAGAGGCACUGGGCUCGACGCUCUGGCAGAUCCGAGGAGAGGUCGACCCGGCCAAAGACGGGAUAUCCGGCGUCAAGAGAACAGUAUUGGGGACCCCUUCCUCAAUGGUGAGGUAUUACUCACUAGUGCGUAUUUGGAGUCCUUGGCUCGGUCCUCGACAUGGCAAGGACCACUUUCACUUGACAGAAGAUGCAAUUCUCUGCUCGUUCCUUCGGCAAGAUGGCAAACAUCUGGUGCUUCUGGCGAUAUCGGGCAUCGACGAUGUGCUGACUGUGUUCCAAUCGAGCGAUAAUGGCGAGAUCGUAGUUCAGGCGAGAAAUGAUAACGGGGAGGCGGCCGAAUAUCAGAUUGUGGCAGCGACAGCCGAGGACUUUGAGGUUGCCAUGUGUGCCGUGAUGUAUGAAUCACGAAAAAUCGUCAGACCAUUCCAGAGCUCUGAGAAUGAUUCAAUAGAGCGAUUGCCCUCACCACCGCUCGAUGAGGAUACCGUUGUCGCGGAGAAAGACAUGCAAACCGAAUGGCUUGCCGACUGGAUUGACGGCUUGACCUACUGCACAUGGAACGGUCUUGGCCAGAAUCUGAACGAGGGGAAGAUUCUUCACGCAUUGGACUCGUUGAAAACUAACGACAUACAUAUCGUCAAUUUGAUCAUCGACGAUAAUUGGCAGAGCCUCGACAAUGAAGGCAAGUCUCAAUUCAAACGGAGGUGGAAACAGUUCGAGGCAAAUCCUGAGGCCUUUCCACGGGGUCUCCAACGAACAGUCGAGACCAUUCGCCAAGCUCAUCGGAAUGUUGGACACAUCGCUGUCUGGCACGCUCUACUAGGCUACUGGGGUGGCAUUUGUCCUGACGGAGAGCUUGCGCAAAAAUACAAGACCAAGGAAGUGAAGGUCAAGGACCCUGCCGCAGGGGGACCGAUCGCGCACGAAAUCGGAGACGGCACAAUCCUGACCAUCCACCCGGAUGAUGUCCAGCGAUUCUAUGAUGACUUUUACGGGUCCUUGAAGUCGUGGGGAGUGGACUCUGUCAAGGCUGAUGCUCAGUUUUAUCUCGAUCUUCUCGAUUCUGCGGAUGACCGCAAGAACUACAUGACAUCGUACCAGGAUGCCUGGUCGCUCGCAACUUUAAGACAUUUCAGCAACCGAGCCAUCUCUUGUAUGUCCUUGAUCCCGCAGAUGAUCUUUCAUUCGCAACUCCCGACCAACAAGCCUUCCAUCACACUGCGCAACUCGGACGACUUCUUUCCCGAGAUUCCAUCGUCUCACCCGUGGCACGUGUUCUGCAAUGCGCAUAAUGCUCACCUGACACGACAUUUGAAUGCUCUGCCCGACUGGGAUAUGUUCCAGACAAGCCAUCCAUAUGCUGCUUUCCAUGCUGCUGCCCGCUGUGUGUCUGGUGGUCCAAUCUACAUCACUGACGAGCCCGGCAAGCAUGACGUUAAUCUCAUCAAUCAGAUGACCGCAUUGACCGUCCAAGGAACAACUGUGAUUCUGCGUCCGAGUGUGAUUGGUCGUAGUCUUGACAUUUAUCAUGAUUAUAAUGAGGGACAUGUCUUGCGGGUCGGGAGUUACACAGGCCGGGCCAAGACUGGAAGUGGGAUCAUCGGUCUUUUCAACAUUCAGUCGGCUGAUGCUUCUUGCAUCAUUUCGUUGAUGGAUUUCCCGGGAAUCAACGAGACCUCGCAAGGAGAAUAUGUGGUUCGCGCUCACACCAGCGGCAAGAUCACAGGUCGGCUGAAACCACUCGCGAACGAUGCUCUGGCUUCGGUGGUUCUGGAGCCAAAGGGUUGGGAGAUACUCACAGCUCAUCCUACUACACCCUUUACGCUCAAGGGAAGUCGUGGUGAAGGAGAUUCCGAGCCGCUUACACACAUUGCUGUGUUAGGCUUGGUCGGCAAAAUGACGGGCGCUGCUGCUGUGGUAUCGUCGAAUACCAGUAUCAUGGACAACGGACGCCUUCGCUGCGAUGUGCACUUGAAAGCACUCGGCACUCUGGGUAUCUACAUCUCUGAUCUGGCCGAUCGUGUCAUUGCGGAUGAUUUCAUGAUCACGAUUCUUGGGCAGCCCAUUCCGGAGGCCGCUGUGUGGAAAGAAGGCGGAGAGAAGAGCAAUGUUCUGGCAAUUGAUGUUCUUGCCGCAUGGAAGGAGAUGAAACUGGACAGUGGGUGGAGCAAUGAGGCUUUUGUUCGGAUUUUCAUGACAUAG